AUGGGCGACCCGCGCUACAAAUCUUCCGACUCAGGCCUUUUGCUCGUCUUCUCGGAGCCGGGCCAAAAUGCCACGCUCGAAGAGUUUCACGAUUGGUACGACACCGAGCACGUCCCGUUGCGCACUUCUCGCUUCCCUGAGUUUCGCUCUGCGGCGCGCUACCAAGUCAUUUCCUCAGCCUCCUCGUUCGGCUCGGAUGCAUCUUCCUCUCCUGCAUGGAUGACUUCCGGCUGGGCAGCACUAUACACUAUCUCCUCCAAUGCAUUAUACAACAAUCCGGCGUACGCGAAUCUGCGUUCGAAUCGUUCGCUACGAGAGGCGGAACUCCUAUCGCGCGUAGCGAUCCUCGACCGGCGCAUCUACACUCUCCAGUCAGACACCGAAGCGUCUAGCAGCAGCACUGAGGGCACGCCCAAUGCCUCGCUGCGUCCCCAGUCAGCCAGCGAGAUUGAGCUGAAUGCUCCCAUCGUCGUAGCAACGAGCGUGACGUUGGUGAACGAGGAAGCGCAGAAGGCGUACGACGAGUGGUACGAUACCGAGCACGUACCGAUGCUCAUGAAGGUCCCAGGAUGGAAACGUACGCGCAGGUUCGUCCUUAUCGAUGCUUUUAUCAAUGGAAAGCUGGCCGGUAAAGAAAAUGAGGACGGCAAGAGCGUGCCCACGUGUCUUGGUCUGCAUGAAUACGAGAACAAUGACUUUGCCUCGACGCCCGAGUACAAAGCUGCAUUGAACACCGAGUGGCGACGCAAAGUGAUGGGUCAAGACGACAAGAAUGUCAAAGCCCGCGAGCGGAGAGUGAUGAAACUGUACCGCGCAUGGGAUCCCGAGACGGCGCUCAAGGAGCAAGCAAACUAA